GGGGGGUCGAGGUUGCUGGGACGUUGCUGUCCCCGUGGGGUUGGGAAGGACUGGGGCAGCCCUGGGUGUGUUCUGCCCUAAGCGGUGCCCCAUGGGGUGGGGCCACGGGGCGUGGGAUGGGGGCUGGGGGGGAGUUCCCAGCUCCCCAGUGGGGCCCCACUCGUGGCUGUGUUGGGGUCGGGGCAGCUGUAGGCGUGGGGUCAGCUCCAACCCGGGGAGCACGUGUGGGUCUGGAUGCUCAGCGGAGCCCUGAGUGCCCCCAGGCCAAAGGGUGUGUGUGUGGGGGGGGGGUCCGUCCGUCCGUCCCUCCUCACCCCGUCACCCCGUCCGUCUGUCCCACAGGCGCGCCAUGGCCGUGCCCCGCACGCUGGGGGAGCUGCAGCUGUACCGGGUGCUGCAGCGUGCCAACCUGCUGGGCUACUACGAGACCUUCAUCCAGCAAGGGGGGGACGACGUGCAGCAGCUGUGCGAGGCGGGCGAGGAGGAGUUCCUGGAGAUCAUGGCGCUGGUGGGCAUGGCCACCAAACCGCUGCACGUCCGCCGCCUGCAGAAGGCCCUGCGCGAGUGGGCGUCCAACCCGGGGCUCUUCAGCCAGCCGGUGCCGGCCGUGCCCGUCAGCAGCAUCCCGCUCUUCAAGCUGGCCGACGGGAGCGGGCGCAAAUCGCUCAGCAACGGGCACGCCAGCCCCGGCGAGGCUACGGGGAAAGGGGGGGGCAACGCGGGGACGCCCCCCGCCCGCAGCCCCACGGAGCCCCCGGAGAAGCUGUCGCCGUCGGGGGUGCCGCCGUGGCCGGGUAGGAGCACCCCCGAAUCGGAGGGCGGCGGGGACGAGGAGCCGAGCGCUCCCCCCUUCUCCCCGGGGGGCAGCGAGCAGCCGGCGGGCAGCGAUGCGCUGGAGCCGGAGUUGGUGAGGACGGUGGCGGAGAGCGUGGAGCGGCUGCUGCAGAGCUGCCCCCGGGGGGGGGACGCGGAGCUGCGGGCCCUGCUGAAGCUCAACAAGAAGUUGGCCAAAGCCGUGGGCCACAUCUUCCAGCUGGAGGACGGCGACCGGCACAAGGAGGAGGAGAUCCGGCGGCACAGCGCGAUCUACGGCCGCGGUGACGCGCGGCGCCGGGAGGGCAAACAGCUGACGCUGCACGAGCUCAUCAUCAACGAGGCGGCCGCGCAGUUCUGUCUGCGGGACAACUCGCUGCUGCUGCGGCGCGUCGAGCUGUUCUCGCUGUCGCGACAGGUCGCGCGGGAGAGCACCUACCUGUCCUCGCUCAAGGUGUCCAGGUGAGCGCCGGGCUCCCCCAGCGUCCGUCCGUCUGUCCG